CUGACUUUAAUAGAAAGGCUUAUCUCGGUAAAUACAUUGAAGAUAUACUUUUAAGAUAUAGGUUUCGCUUAUCCUCCAUUGCAGUCUGGAACCGGGAUUACUUUUUUCUACCCGAUGACAAUUUUGGAACGUUAUGAACAUACAGAACUAAAAGAUGCCUGAGACAUAUGAUUUUCUUUUCAAAUUUCUUGUAAUUGGAAGUGCUGGAACAGGGAAGUCUUGUCUCCUGCAUCAGCUGUUGGAGAACAAAUUCAAGGGAGAUUCCACUCACACUAUCGGUGUUGAAUUUGGAUCAAAAGUUAUCACAGCAGGCGGAAAAACCAUCAAACUACAAAUUUGGGAUACUGCGGGACAGGAACGUUUUCGAUCGGUAACGAGAAGUUACUACAGAGGUGCAGCAGGAGCUAUUCUAGUAUAUGAUAUAACAAGUCGGGAGUCAUUCAAUGCCCUAACCAACUGGCUCAGUGAUGCAAAAGCUCUAGCAAGUCCAAAUAUUGUUAUUAUAUUAUGUGGCAAUAAAGUUGAUUUAGAAGCAGACAGAGAAGUUACAUUUCUUGAAGCAUCCAGAUUUGCACAGGAAAACGAGAUGAUGUUUUUGGAGACCAGUGCUCUCUCAGGGCUGAAUGUUGAGGAAGCGUUUCUCAAAUGCGCGAAAACUAUUUUGAAUAAAAUUGAAUGCGGUGAAUUGGAUCCUGCUAGAAUGGGUUCUGGGAUACAAUACGGAGAUUCAUCAUUAAGGCAGAUGAGAAAUUUGAGAAACGCUCACGCAAGAACAAACCAGCAACAAGAUAACAAAUGUCCCUGCGGAUGAGGACUUUGCAUUAUAUAUAAAAUGUUAUAAAUUUUAUUUCCAUCCAUCAUUACAUAUAUCUAUAUAUUAUCACUCCUGCUGCACAUGAUUACGUUUGUACUUGACUGUUGUACCUUUUGUCUCUGUUUUAAAUAGAGUGGCAAAGAUUAAAAAUCAGGACACUUGAA